AUGAGUUGGUUGUUAAGUGCCGGAGCCACUAUUGCUGUGGCCGGGGUUGCAAUGAUAAAUGCUGGAUUGUUUAAUCCUAAGAUUGAAAAAGCCAGCUUAUCGUACUUGUCGGGAAUACAAUUAAAAGCGCUGGAUGGAUCUAAUAAAUUGCUCAGCGCUGCUGACUUGUGGAGAAAGAAUGGAGCAGUGAUUCUGGUUGUUCGACGCCCUGGAUGAUCUUUGUGCAGAGAGGUAUCAUGGCAAUUUGGUUAGAAACUAAAACUAAACUAACUUCGUGGUGGAUAAGUUGUAUUCUUCUUUCUUCAACAGGAGGCUUCAGUGCUUUCCUCUCUGAAAGCUGAGCUGGACCAAAGAGGCAUUCCCUUGAUUGGUGUGGUUCAUGAGACGAUAGGCGUGGAAGAAUUUAAACCAUUUUUUAAAGGAGACAUUUACCUCGAUGAUCAGGUUGGCCUUGCCUUUCAUUCUCAUAAUAAUUCUUUGUUAGCAAAAGUGUACUGGUAUACUAUAGGAAUGUUCGGUAUAAGAAUUUUCUGGUAUCAACAUACCGGAAAGUUAUACCUAUAUUAUCAGUAUACUGGUUUUUUGCCUUUUAAAUUAGAUGGGAAAAUUCCUUAGUGGAAAUCUGAAGGAAAUUUUCAUAUCUUUGAAGCUGUUUUAAAGGAUAUCGGUAUAUUCCAACAUAUCGGAAAUUUUGUUAUACUGGUAUGACUGAAGAACCGAUAAACUGAUAUUACUUUCAAUACCGAUAUUUUUCGGUAUAUAUAGAUAGAUAGAUAGAGACUUUAUUUAAAGAGGGUGACACUUAAUAGUACGAAGUACUAAUGAACUUGUGGCCCUCAAUUUUAAAAAAAUUAGGGAGUAUAUCUAUUGUCUAUUUACAACAUUUAUAUAUAUAUAUAUUAUAAAUCAAUAUUCUCAGUUGACUUUCAAGUUUACUUAAUUAAAAAGGUUACAUUACAUGAGGUAUAUAUGACAUUACAUUUAUAUAAAAGAGAAUAUUAUAUAGCUAUAUUACAAUUAUAUAUUACUUAAAUUUGAAAUCAGGAAAAGAAGUAAAUUGUUUAAAUUCACUCUGGUGCGUACGGAAGCAAUUAUAUAAUAAGUAUUUAAAACAGUUAAUGGAGCUAGCAGAACGGAAACUUAAAGGUAAUUUGUUCCAGAGGCCUAUAGUGGUUAUAGAAAAAGUUCUUCCUGCUUCUGUAGCUCUAUUGUAUUUCGGAGUUACUAAACUUAAAUCAGCACUGCGAGUGUUCCUCGAAUGUUGUUGGCUAUUUAAAUUUAAUAGUCUGUUUAAAUACUCCGGAGUAGCAUUAACAGUACGCUUGUAGAUCAUAAUACAUUUUCUGAUAUCCGACUCUACGUAAAAAGGUAACCAACCAAGAUUAUUAAAUAGAUUAAUCGAGGAAUGAUGCUAGGUUCAGCGUCAAGGAUAAUUCUGGCACAGCGUUUUUGAAGUUUGAAAAUUUUAGUGAUAUUGUUCUUACUACAGUUUGUCCAGGUUAUACUUAUGGAAUAUUCCUAGUAUAGUACCUAUGAAAAUACUUCCAGCCCUUAUUUUUGCCUUGGCAUUUUUUCCUUGCCUUUUUUCCCUGGCGAGUGUCUGUUGCUGUCAAGUACAGUGAUGCUAAAUCAUUUUUUUCUCAGAGAAAGUUCUAUGGUCCAUUUGAGAGAUGGGAAAAUGUUGUUGUUGGUAAGUUAUAAUAUUGUUUGCCAGUUACAUAUAUAUACUAUGUUGGCAGAGCGUUGGUAAGUUAUAAAUAUUGUUUGCCAGUUACAUAUAUAUACUAUGUUGGCAGAGCAUUGGGCUGGUAUUCCAAAGGUUGUAGGUUCGAUUCCCACCGUGGCCAGGCAUAUUUUUCAAGCUUGCCCGGUGUGGGUAUACACUUAGAGUAACAUCACAAGCAUCAUACAGACACCUUGUGUUAACCCAUUGAGCUGCAAUGUACUCCAACAUUGACUAAAGUCAUAGAAGUGGUAGUAUUGCACAUCAGUGAGUAAAUAUGUAAAAUUUCCAUUGAAGGUUUCUUGCGAGUCCAAACGUGGAUAAACCUUUAUCAUGCGCAGAGUGGUGGUUUCCAUGGCAACAUGGAUGGUGAAGGUCGUCUGAUGGGUGGACUCUUUGUAGUUGGGGCUGCUGACCAGGGUGUACUGUUUGAGUAUCGGGAAAAGGUUUGGGGCGACCAUGCCGACAUUGAAGAUGUAAGGGCCGCUGUUGAAAACAUCAAAAUUAGUCACAAUGUUUCUGAUUAA